CAUUUUACUACCAAUAUUGACCUUAUCCCUAAGGGAAUCCUUUUCAGAAAUUCAUACAGAUUGACCAAAUUAACCUAUAAAACUGCGCUUUGGGGUAUGUUGCCUACAUAUAUGAACUAAUUUGGAAGAAAUAUAACCCUUGCCAAGGUUUAUACCAGUCCUUGACCUGCCCUUCGAAGCCCCAGGGAAGUGGGUUUUGAGCAGUAUACAUUCAGAGGGUCAGUGAAGCAUGGCCAGCAAGCGUAUUCAGAAGGAGCUUCAAGACUUGCAGAGAGAUCCCCCCACAUCCUGCAGUGCAGGGCCAGUGGGCGAGGACCUCUUCCAUUGGCAGGCAACUAUAAUGGGCCCAGCUGAGAGCCCUUAUGCUGGAGGAGUCUUCUUUGUUAUGAUCCAUUUUCCUCCUGAUUACCCCUUCAAGCCUCCAAAGGUUAACUUCCAGACCAAGGUUUAUCAUCCAAACAUAAACUCAAGCGGUAGCAUUUGCUUGGACAUCCUGAAGGAACAGUGGAGUCCUGCACUGACAAUUUCAAAGGUACUAUUGUCAAUUUGUUCUCUCUUAACAGAUCCUAAUCCCGAUGAUCCUCUUGUUCCUGAAAUAGCCCAUAUUUAUAAGAAUCAAAGGACUCGUUAUGAAGAGACAGCGAGAGCAUGGACUCAAAAGUAUGCCAUGAACUGAGCUGAGUCAGGAAUGAUGAACCUCUAACAUUUAUAUAUAAAGGUCAGGGAAGAGUUUGCAGUUCAUAAAAUACUUGAUAUUGUUUACAUCAAGUGUUAUCUUCUUCCUUAACUCAGGAAGACAGAGAAUUACUAUUCUCAUGGUAUAAGAUUGAGACCUAUGGCAUUCAGGGAAAGCCUCGAUAUGAUAUAACUGCAUGUGAUGUUGUAUUGUACAUUUUUAAGUGGAAUCUAGUGUUUGAUUCAUAAUUGAUCCUUA